AUGGACGAAGCGACUGCAUCAGUACCCAUGUCCAAGUCUUCUAGGCCCUCUAUUAUCCUCCCACUGCGAAAUACAAGCAAUGUCGCCGGAUCGUCGCCGCUUACCCAUUUUCACCGCUUCAUUGACCUGCCUCAAGAGCUUCGCGAGAUGAUCUUUGAAGCUUGUCUACCACGACGCGUAUUCAAUUUCAGCUACGAAAAGUCUGACGACAUCCACCCCAAGACCACAUUAGACUUGAGUUCGAAACCAAAGGCUUUGCCAUCGAUCGCCUGGGUCUGUAAGGAGGCUUACGGCGUCUCAAAGCGGUUCUUGCGAGAAUAUAAGAUGGAUCUCACCCGCGUCUCGUACAUAUACGACCAGUAUUUGUUUACGACUACGAGAAUUCUUUUUGGUCGGCACUUUGACACUCUGUAUAUCAACUACUGUGGUUGUGUAUUUGAUGAGGAGGAAGACGAAGACGAAGACGAAGAUGAGGCUGAGCAUGAUCAGUAUCUCGAAUCACUCCCUGACGGACCGUUCACGCUCGCCUUGAUGCCCGGGGUCAACAUCAUUUUAAAUAUGAACAUUCUUGUCGGUCCUCGGAUGAAUAUUAACCCACCAUUCGAGAAGUGGUUGAAUGGUAAACCUUACCGAGACUGUCUUACUAAACAUGAUCACUGCAAUGUCAUUCUGGCUACCACCGAAAUGUCUAUGACGGGCCUGGAUGUCCGGGCAUCCGGGCUGUUCGGACUGCUCGGAGACGAGAGGCACGCCCUGAUCGAUGUGGCGGACACAUCGAAAAUCGAUCAGUACGAAGAUUACAUCCAGAGGCGCGAAUUAUCAGGAAGUCGAAUUCGGCUCCGUGACUCGACGUUCUACCCAAUGCAAGAACGUUACCCAAUACAAGAACAUUACAGGCGCCCUUUGGAUAUUCCUGUGCCUGGCCGGUAUGGUACGCAAGGGAGAACAAGAGCUUGGGAGAGGAUGCACCCCGCAGACGCUGCAGGCCCUCCAUUGGAAUUCUCGGUAGCUGCGCGGGACGUCAUCGAAUCACUUCAACUGAUCAAGCAGUCGUGGCUGGAGGCCAACGACUGUUUCGAGCCCGGGGACUCGCCCAUAGUUCCAUGGAGUGGAGAUCUGGACUACCGGGAAUGGGACGAUGAGCAUCCAGUCGCAAAAUUCUGGUUAAGGCAAUUACCCGAAUUCUUGUUUGUGGUAAUGUACGCGGUAACUGAGUUGGAUGGAUGA